UUCUUUUUUUUAACGAGCAAGCCAGCUGAGGCGAAGAAGUCGAAGCUCGAAGAAUCGAAGAAAACUAUGGGGUACUUGAAGACGAUGCUGAAGAGGGAUCAGAUCGUCAGCGAUCUGAUCGAAUCGGAUCUCAGGGAGCUCGGGACCGCAGCGAAGAAGCUAGCGAGUCAUGCGUUGGCGGCGGGGAGCGGUUUGGGAUUUGGAGCCACCUUCUUUAAAUCCCUCGCUUCGAUUGCUGCCAUAUAUUUGUUGAUACUGGACCGCACAAACUGGAAGACAAACAUGUUAACCUCUCUUUUGGUUCCAUAUAUAUUCUUGAGUCUCCCUUCUGUUAUAUUUUCGUUAUUGAGAGGGGAGGUUGGCAACUGGAUUGCUUUUGUUGCUGUGGUGCUACAUUUGUUUUUUCCUAGGCAUUUCCCAGAUUGGCUUGAGAUGCCUGCAUCAUUGAUUCUUCUGGUGGUGGUAGCCCCGGGCUUUUUUGCUACCACGAUAAGAGACGAUGUGGUUGGUGUAAUCAUCUGUCUCGUCAUCGCUUGCUUCCUUCUACAAGAGCACAUCCGAGCAUCAGGUGGAUUUAGGAAGUCUUUCACGCAAAGCAAGGGUGUAUCAAACACCAUUGGGAUUAUUCUCAUAAUGGUUUACCCAGUGUGGGGCUUGCUAUUGUCUGUGUAGCUGAGUUCUUCUAUGUUGUUUGAUGUAGUGGAUGUAUUUUUAGGAGAUGGUUGUCUUUAUUGUUUAUGAGGGUUGUAUCCGGUUGUUGGGUGAGUGCAAGUUGAUGCCUUGUAAUUAAAUGACCUGUGUUGUUUGUACCAUGUAGUUGAACAAUUUUUCCUCCAUGAUGAAGUCCCCCCUGUAAUAUAAUA